AUGUACUGCCAAAAAGAAAAGUCAUCUAGUCCUGUUCCAGUCGACAGACCGAGAGGACGGGAGGAGCCAAAUGAGAAUCGCAGGCUCCGCCGCAGUAUUUCGGAUCACCCACCGAGUGGACCUCCGCAACUGAUUGUUCAAGCUCCCCCACCAUCCAGCUCUUCACUCGCCCGACAAUCCUCGAUAGAAAACCCCCAGACGCUCCUCUACCUCCCUCCACUUUCCCCGAAGAUGUCCGCCUUUGCACUUCACGAUGACCCGGACGCUCUCGAUGAUUCCUACACCGAGCCAGACCCCGAGACCCUGGAGAGUCCGUCGUCGAGCGCGCAAGAGCGAGACAGGACCUCUCCGGCCGCCGGCAACUCUCAUUCCCGCUCCAACAACCCGCUCUUAGGAGAUGAUACUGCACUCGUUUCUGACUUGGAACAAGAGGUGCUGGACGAAUAUACUCGCUUAUUGCGCAAUGUUAAUCAGCUCUCUGAAAAAGUCGGCCUUCUUGCAGGUUCCCCAGCCUCCAUGACGUUGGAUGGGAUGCGUCUGUUAGAACGGAAAACCGCCACGGUUUGCACACUGCUCAAGGCGAGUGUGUAUAGUAUUGUGUUGCAGCAGCAGAUUUGGAAUGAGAGUGAGGAGCAGCAGCAGCAGCAGCAACAACAAGAACAACACCACUUGCAUGGUCAUGAUCCGGACGAGCCAUUCUCGGAUCAGGAAUAUCAGCGCAGUGAUGUCUAUGAUCGGGAUGGAGAUGUCACUUUUCAAUGA